CCUUGGAUAGCAUUGCUGUGUACACCUGCACCGUCCACAUACAAGAUGCCACUAGUCAGAGCUUGGAAGUGCCAGUGAUGCUCUACACACAGCUCGGAGUCUUGGCGCUGGAAAACUCGACAAAUGUGUUAGUGCGCGAGAGUGUAGAGAUCACGUGCAUGGUUGAGGGCAAACCGUCACCCUCCGUCACAUGGCUGAAGGAUGGGACUGAGCUGGAGCUUGGAUGCAGAUUCUCGAUACAAUGUGUCCGAAGUGGAGGAUUUGAACCAGGGUCGUCUCAACGUCACUCUGCACAUCGCGUUUGUCGACUGGGAGGAUGCGGGGAACUACACCUGUCUGGCGUCAAGAUCCACAGCUCUGUCCGACAACGCCUCCAAGACCAUCGAGGUCAUAGUGCGAGGAGGUCUAGAGGCUGCGGUCACCAUCGCGCCGUCCUACGCACGUUACUAUGUACUCAGCGGAGCUCAGCUUCAGCUCAACUGCUCAAACUCAGGACAAACAGGAGAACUCAGGUGGUACAAGGGCGACAUCAACUUGAACAGCGACAACGACACCCGUCUCACAAUCAGUAAUGAGAUGUCGGGUGGAAUGAUUCACAGCAUCCUCACCUACACAUCCGCGGACACCACCAUGUCGGGGAACUAUACGUGUCAGCUGGAGGGAAGCGGACUUUCACAACAGAGCGAAAUUACAGUCGAAGUUAUCUCCAUCACAACAACAGAUGCACAAUUUCAGAAUGGGACGGAUGCAUUUCUUCGGUGCCAGACACCAGAACUGAAAGUCUUGAUUGUCUGGAUGAAGGAUAAAACUCCUGUCAAAAAUCUGAAACCAACAGAAAAUACAACAUAUGUGGAGCAUAGUGACGGAACUUUAGAGAUACAGAAUCCAACCUUGGAUAGCAUUGCUGUGUACACCUGCACCGUCCAGAUACAAGAUGCCACUAGUCAGAGCUUGGAAGUGCCAGUGAUGCUGUACACACAGCUCGAAGUCUUGGCGCUGGAAAACUCGACAACUGUGUUAUUGCGUGACAGUGUAGAGAUCACGUGCAUGGUUGAGGGCAAACCGUCACCGUCCGUCACAUGGCUGAAGAAUGGGACUGAGCUGGAGCUUGGUGCAGAUUCCCGAUACAAUGUGUCCGAAGUGGAGGAUUCGAACCAGGGUCGUCUCAACGUCACUCUGCAUAUCGCUGUUGCCGACUGGGAGGAUGCGGGGAACUAUACUUGUCUGGCAUCAAGAUCCACAGCUCUGUCCGACAACGCCUCCAUGACCAUCGAGGUCAUAGUGCGAGAUACAAUGGACGACGAGUUUUGCUUCAAGAAAGAUGUGUUGUUGAGAUGUCGAGCCGACGAUCCAAACUCUAAUGUCACGUGGUUGAAGAACGGCACCAAUGUGUCUGAACUAAACUCUUUAAGCAAAACGCAGUUCGUCGAGCACAACAAUGGAGAUUUGAAGAUCAUACGUCCGAAGCGAGAUAUUGCUGGAGUGUAUGUAUGCAGAUACAGUGACAAGAAUAAGAUGGAAGUGGAGAAAAAUGUCACACUAUUCGCCGAACCCUACGUCCUGCCAUUCCAAGCCAACGUGAGUCUGACAGAGCAAGGUCGGGUGGAGCUCCUGUGCAGAGUCCUUGGUUACCCACGACCAAUUUCCAUUACCUGGUUUAAGGAUGGCGUAGAGAUAAAUAUGACAGAAGAGAGAGAGCUCAAUGAAAGUCACUACAAUUUUUCCGAGGCUGAGGGAUACUCCAACGCACGUCUAGUCAUAGAGUCAGUGGUGAUUGAGGAUGACGGCAACUACACGUGUUGGGCCAGCAACGGCAGCAUCACUCGAGGAAACUGGGUGCUGAUUCGAGUGAGAGGCAAGUUGGCCCCACUGUGGCCAUUAUUAGGUAUUUUGGUACAAGUGAUACUGUUGGCUGUAAUCAUCUCUGUCAGCGAAAAGAGACGCAAGAGAAAAGAAAAGGCCGAGGACAGAAGCACAGCUAGCAGCAGUGUAAGGGUUAAGCAGGACACGUCAUCAUCACUACGUCACCGUGGACGGCAAUCCAAGGUCGACCCACAAGAGACAAGUGAUGCUGUCACAAAGCUUUGAUCCACAGCAAGGCUUCAGUUUGUUUUACAACAGCAUGUGUAUCAUCUAGCAGCACCACUUCCUUGCGUCAGUUAACUAUGACUUCAACAUAAAUGUUUAUAUCAUACAUACCUACCGGUGACCCCUUGACAUUUAUUCAAUCAUUUAUUUUUGACGAGUAAUGUAUCAGUCCUAGCAUUAGUGCUCUGUGGAGUUAAAUUGCUUUGGAGUUUAAACGACAAAGUUAGCAAGAACAGAAAAUAAACUGUAUUUCAAAGUCUAUUUGUAAAAAGCAAUAUUAAUGUCAAUUGAAGCAGACAUUGUACAUGUAUUGUGCAAAAAGUUUGAUUAGGUAGGACAAAAAUAUAUUUAGAUAACAUUUGUGGCGGAAAUAAGACGUAAGCUCUUCCCUUCUCAGGCUGUUUGGAAUUCCCUCCCCUUUCUUUUCUCACUGAAUGUUCAAAGACUUCAAAUCCAGCCUCAACACUCAUACCUUCAAGAAAUAUCUGGCAUGAUCAAGAGUUUUUUCUGCUCACUACUCAGUUCUUUAUCCAUGCAUCAAGUUCAUGUUUGCUGACCUUGUGUGAUUGACUGUAGCUUAAAUCUUUUGUGUGAUGUUCAUUGAGCUCAUGUCAAAACAGCUGUGCAACUUACAAUAAUUAUUAAUUGCCAGAGUUAGUAACAAGAUUGACAACUACAUACAGAAGAUAUAAAAUGGAAAUAUUUAAAUGUAUAUAAAGUCAUUUUUAAUAAUUGUGUACAAAUGAUGUGUGUGGUGCUUUUAUUUAUUUUUUUUUUAAACUCUAAAUAAACUGUAUAAAGUCUUUGUUACAAAGUGGGUGGCAAGCCAAUUCUCACUUGACAGUUACUAACAACUGCACCGCUGGACUUCCCCAUCUAUAUAUAUAUAGAGAGUGUGAGCAAGGGAGAAAGAGAAAGAAACUUAAUAACAGUAGUCAAUGUUUAGUAUAUGUAUGUAAUCAUCUGUAUAUUGCUAAAGCAUGAGAACCUAUAAAUCUUGUUUGUUAUUGCUCUUGUGGAUUAAUAUAGUUGUAUUGUGAUAGCUGCAGCUGAUCCCUUACAUUCAAUUACAGGGGGACAACAUAAACUAGCUAUAUUGUAAUAGACAGAUGUACACUUACCUUGCAUACACACGACUUAUUAAGCAUACACACAACACAAUGCUCGACAAGCCCCAAGAGAUGACGAUGAGGAUGAAGAGAUUUGUAAAUGAAUCGAAUUAAAGAGGCACAAAUUCAGA